CUGUCUUGGAACCGUGCUCCUCAAAACUCAUUUUCUAGGUGCACAAUCAGCAGCAGCAGCAACCAGUGUCCUACUGGUUACACAUGCCAAUCAGAUGUGCCCGGUGCAUUCCAAGGAUACUGCUGCUCGGCCAGUCAUCUUUGUCCGAACAAAGCCGAAUUCUAUCUCGAGGAAAGCAGUCAGAUGCCACGUUCGUGCACCGUUGGAGCGUUCAUUACUUGUCCAAAUGGUUACAGCUGCCAGAGUACGCAGACCGAGUUCACUACCGGUUACUGCUGUAAAGGAGAAGUGGCAUCGGCUUCAGAUGGCUGUCCACCAAACGAGUUUGUCUACAUGAAGGAUGGUCAGAUCGCCGCCUGCGACCCAUUCAACCCACCAAAUGCCCCGUGUCCAAACGGUUACUCCUGCCAGUGGUCUAUCUCCAAUCAACGCUAUCAGUGUUGUGGCUCGACGCCAAUCACUACACCGAAGUCCAUCGCUGCUCUCGGCUGCCCGAAUAACCAAGUGGCCUAUCGAGAUGUGGCUACAAAUCAGCCACGAAUCUGUACGGCUGCCUCGCAGAAUUGCCCCACUGGCUACUUCUGCCAAUUUUCCACUGCCAACAACCAGUUCCAAUGCUGUGGAAUGUCUGGAGGCUGUCCGAAUGAUUCCGUGGCAUUCAUUGGAAUCACCGGUGAAGCACAAAGUUGUGCCAUCGGACAGAGCAGCUGUCCGAAAGGAUACUCGUGCCAACGCAGUCUUACUGGAGCUCAGCUAUGUUGCACAACCAAUGAACAAGUUUGCUCGGAGAAACAAGUCGCUGUCGAUGGUCAGUGCCUGAACCGUGUCUCCAUCGGCGAACCAUGCAGUAACCAAGUACAGUGCCCAACCAGUGCUAUCUGCCAGGCUGGCGUUUGUGCUUGCCCCGAAAACCAGAGCUAUGUGAAUGGUAUUUGUCAAUCCGCAUGUGGUGAGAAUGAAGUGGACGUGAAAGGUACAUGCCUACCGAAGGUCGAAAUCGGAGAAGCCUGUGAGGCUGAUGAACAGUGUCAAGGUGGCUCGACCUGUGACGGCAGUGUUUGUGCCUGCCCACCUGGAGAGGACAAAGUUGACGGUGUCUGUGUGAAGAAAGUGAAGUCUCGGAAACCCGCUACAUGUCCCAUAGCCGGACAGAUGCCUUACAUCGACAGGCAA